CAUAUCACGAUGCAUCCGGGCAGCAUCUGGGGGCUCCUCUCCGUCUUCCUGUCCCUGACCCUGGGGGGGACAAAGGCCCAGCAGACCAACUACACCAGGCCCGUGUUCCACUGUGGAGGGGACCAGGUGGCAGAAUCAGGUUUUGUUGGCAGCGAGGGUUUUCCAAGCUUCUACAAAAGCAACAGUAAAUGCACCUGGCGCCUUACGGUCCCUGAGGGGAACGUGGUCACGCUGUCCUUCCGCAUUUUCGACCUGGAGGCUGACUCGCAGUGUCGCUACGACUACCUGGACGUCUACAAUGGACACUCGGACUCGACGCAAAAGCUGGGCCGCUUCUGUGGGACUUUCCGCCCCGGCACUCUGAUUUCCACCACAAACACAAUGAUGCUGGAGAUGGUGACAGAUUCAGAGACGCAGUCCAGAGGAUUUGUGGCAUUUUUCAGUGGAACCAAACCUUAUGCCAACGACGAUCAGUUCUGUGGGGGGAAGAUGACAAAAUCCCAGGGAGAGAUCAUGACGCCCAACUGGCCGGAGAAGAAGUACCCCCCAGGAACCAGCUGCUCCUGGCUCAUCACUGUGGAACCAGACAGGGUCAUCCAGGUGAAGUUUGAGAAGUUUCUACUUGAGGCUGACACGUACUGUCGCUUUGACUAUGUGGCAUUCUUCAAUGGUGGGGAGAGGGACGAUUCCCGCCUGAUUGGGAAAUACUGCGGCGACCAGGCUCCACAACCCAUAAUUACCAACGGGAACGAGCUACUGGUCCAGUUUGUGUCUGACCUCAGCGUGACUUCUGAUGGAUUCCUCGCUUACUACACCAGCGUCCCCCGUGGAUCUCAGCCUCCAACUGUCAACUCAGGAGCCGAUACGAGAACCAUUCCUCCAGUACCUGCAGCCAAACCAGUUGAGCCUGUCGCCACUCUCCCACCACCCGUCCCCACCACCACUAAAUAUGUCCCACCUCCCCUGGUAAAGCCGACAAGAGGCCGUGUCACAAGACCAAACGGGAGGAAGCCUGUUGCUCAAAACCCCCUGUGUGCCAAAGACUGUAAGAGGAGCGGAACCAUCAAGACCAGUUUCUGUUCCAGUGAAUUUGUCAUAACUGGGAAGAUUUCCUCGCUCACCCUGGGACCCCGAGGAACUCUAAACAUCAACGUCUCCCUCAUCAAAGCCUACAAGGCGGGCCGCCUGUCCAUUGCGCAGGUUGGAGAGACCAUGGCUGUGAAGCUAGUGUCACUGUGCAAAAAGUGUCCCCUGCUCCGCAGAGGUGGAAGCUACAUCAUCAUGGGUCAGGUGGAUGAAGAAGGGCGUGGCACCUUGGAACCCGGUGCUUUCACGGCGCUCUACAAAGCCCCACACAACAGAUUACUGAUGAGCAUCACCAACCAGCCCUGUUAGUUCUCACACAGCUGCUCAAGACCACGUGUCAAACACAAGUUCAGACAGUGUGAGCUGUGAGUUUAUAAAAAGGCAAAAUAGCACUACACCGUUUAACUUUAUUUUAUAUAAAUUCAAAAUUAUUUUAUUUUAUUUCAACACCUGCCAAACCAUUUAUUUGUAAUGUUUAUAAAUAUGAAUAAAGGUUUUAUAUAUCUUUGAAAGGCCUGGAAAGCACAUUUACUCCAACUUUCAUUUAGAGCACACAUGGCCAACAUAUGGCCCCAGGGCUAAAAGUGGCCCUUGAACAAUCCCAAUCUGGCCCUCAACAU